AUGGCGAUGAUGAUGACUGGCCGUGUGCUGCUGGUGUGUGCCCUCUGCGUGCUGUGGUGCGGUGCCGGCGGUAGGUGUGAUGAAGGGGAGGCGGCAGGUCGUGUGAGUGGGGAUGAACUUCCACAAGGUUCAAAAUCACUUGUAACGCCUCGAGUAGGCUCCCAAGGCUUACAAAAUGGAGUAACAGUUGUUAAAGAGGAAGUAUCACCAAUAUCUUCCCCUCCUCAAGAUGGGGAUGCAGAUGGUGAUGAAGGAGAUGACGGUGGUGAUGAUGAAGAGACGGAGGCUGAAGAAGAAGAAAGUACUGAAGGGCGGGGUGGUAAAGGAGGAACAGCUGCAAUAGGCUCAGAUUCCAGGAAAGAGAAUUUAAGUGGCAGCGGGCAGGAAAAGAACCAGUCAAUUGCACCUUCAGGGGGCAUUUCUCCUUCCGGCGGUCAGGAAUCAAAUGCCAAUCCUACGCAACCGGAAGUUGAAGAAAAGAAGGAGCCCGACAAGAAUACACCUGCAGAGAACGCACUCACAACAGUUAACAGAGAGCAAACACUGUCUGCGGGAGUUGCGGGAGGAAAUCCUUCACCACCUCCAGAAGACGGUGUUGAUUCCCGCGAACAGGAUGGCAAAGACACCACGAGUGAAGGCGGAAAAAAAGUUCCGUCGCCUGAGACCGCGGCCACACCACAAAGCCACCGAGAAGAAGGCUCAGAAGGGACUGGGGAAGAUAGAAAAGCAACGACAGCAACCGCCAACACAACUGAUACGACGAGCACACAAAACAGUGACGGCAGCACCGCGGUCUCCCACACCACCUCCCCUCUUUUGCCUCUUCUUCUUGCGUGUGCGGCUGUGGCUGCGGUGGUGGCCGCGUGA